AUGGGCUCCCAGCCAAACGACGCUCGCACCCGCCGCGAGAUCUACCACGAAGCCGAUGUGGUGGUUGUCGGUGCUGGCAUUUUCGGCUGCGCCGCCGCCUACACAUUCGCCCAGCAGGGCCGCUCCGUGAUCUUGCUUGAGCGCUGGAUGCACGAGCCUGACCGCAUUGUCGGCGAACUCUUGCAGCCCGGCGGCCUGGAUGCGCUGACGAAGCUCGGCCUAGGCCACUGUGUCGACGGUAUCGACGCCAUCCCGUGCCACGGAUACAAUGUCAUCUACAACGAGACCCCCGUCCAUGUGCCGUACCCGCCGCGCGACCAGAACGGCCGCCUCACAAACCAGUGGUACGGACACGGCGAAAAGGGCCAGCGAGAUGUCGGCCGGUCGUUCCACCACGGCCGCUUCAUUAUGCAGUUGCGCAAGGCGUGCCUGGGCCACGAGAACAUCACAGUCGUCGAGACCGAGGUCGUCAACACCAUCCGCGGCGAGGACUCGGACCAGAUCCUCGGCGUCGAGACCCGCACAACAGACAAGAUGACGGGCGACAAGACACCCGACUGCUUCUUUGGCCAGCUGACAAUUAUUGCUGACGGCUACGACUCCAAGUUCCGCAAGCAAGUCACCACAUCCAAGCCCGCCUUCCGCAGCAAGUUCUACGCUCUCGAACUCAUCGACACGGAGCUGCCCCAGCCGGGCUACGGCCACGUUAUUAUCGGCCACUCGUGCUUCCCCGUCCUGCUGUACCAGAUUGGCACCCACGAAACCCGUGCCCUCUUCGACGUGCCCAUGGGCAUCCCUGAGGCGUCGCCAGACAAUGGCGGUGUCCGCGGCUACAUCAAGAACCAUGCAAUCCCCGCACUGCCAGAGUCGGUGCGCCCUGCUGCUCUCAAGGCCCUCGAAGACGGCAAGAUCCCUCGCAGUAUGCCCAAUAGUUGGCUGCCAGCCACGAAGCAGACCCCGCGCGGCAUGAUUGUCCUCGGCGAUGCCCACAACAUGCGACACCCGCUAACCGGCGCUGGUAUGACCGUUGCCUUCAACGACGUCUUGCUCCUCUCGGAACUGCUGCACCCCUCGCGUGUUCCCAACCUCGACGACUCUGACACCCUCGCCGCCGCCAUGAAGACCAUGUACUGGCGCCGCAAGAACUACACGUCCAUCCUCAACGUCCUCGCCCAGGCCCUCUACAGCCUGUUUGCCGCCAACGACCGCGAACUACGUGCCCUCCAGAUGGGCUGCUUCGAGUACUUUAAGCGCGGCAUGACGGACGGACCCUGCGGUUUGCUUGGUGGCAUCAUCCACCGCCCCAUCAUCCUCGCCUAUCACUUCUUCUCCGUCGCCUUUCUCGCCAUCGGCCUUCACUCCAUCGAGCUUGUCUCCGCCGGCCCGCUCGGCAUCCUCAAGACGCCGCUGGUCUUUGUCGACGCCAUCCUGAUUCUCGCCAAGGCCUGCGUCGUCUUUUUGCCGCUCAUCUGGCGCGAAGGGUUCCGUUGA